AGAAAUAGUUUUGAGCCUCACCUCUAUCGGCAGCUCCAUUGCAGUUACAUUUGUAAUAAAUUUAUCAUACAAAAUGUUGAAACCAUAAAUGAAAAUAGACUUUUACAUGUCUUCCUGAACAAAAUUCACUGAAAUUUAUAAAAUUUGCUCGACAAUGGCAUCGAACAAACUUGAUUUAGGCGAAAAUUUACGUCAAGAUUUGAAAAAGUUAAGCUUUGAUGGUGAAUUAAGCAAAAGGAAGACAAUGGUUAAAGAAAAGGCUCACGUCGCGCAUUCCGUCAACAUGCAAAGAAUAAAGGAUCAUAAGGCUGUUGGAAAAUUACGAUUCGGAUCAACUGAGGAAACCUACGAAUACACUUCAGAAGAUCUUAUUGAUUUGGGAGAAAUUGGAAGAGGGAAUUUUGGUUCUGUUAGCAAAAUGUUACAUAGGCAAAGUGAAACGAAGAUGGCUGUAAAGAGAAUUCAUUCCACUGUCGAUGAAAAAGAGCAAAAGCAACUGUUGAUGGAUCUUGAAGUUGUAAUGAACAGCAAUGAUUGUCCGUAUAUUGUAAAGUUCUAUGGUGCUCUUUUCACAGAAGGUGAUGCAUGGAUCUGUAUGGAACUGAUGGAGACAUCUUUGGAUAUGCUUUAUAAACAAGUGUAUGUUAAACUUGGCCAGUCGAUACCGGAAGAUAUUCUUGGCAUUAUUGCUUUAGCUGUUGUGAAAGCGUUGGAUUAUUUGAAAUCAAAACUGAAUAUCAUACACCGAGAUGUAAAACCCUCAAAUAUUUUACUGGAUUUAAAAGGCAAUAUAAAACUGUGUGAUUUUGGGAUCAGCGGACAUUUGGUUGAUUCAAUUGCUAAAACCCGCGAUGCUGGUUGCAAACCAUAUAUGGCUCCUGAGAGAAUUGAUCCAGAUUCAUUAAAAAAUGGAUAUGAUGUUAGGUCAGAUGUUUGGAGUUUUGGUCUUACAAUGAUUGAGCUUGCAACUGGAAAAUUUCCUUACCCAAAAUGGACAUCGAUGUUUGAUCAGCUUAUGGCUGUUGUCACAGGAGAUCCUCCCCAAUUAUCCAAUAAUGAUCCAUCAAAGACUCCAUUUCCUGAAUUUAUACAUUUUGUCAAUACAUGUGUUACUAAAGAUGUAUCAAAAAGACCCAAGUACAAAAGAUUAUUGGAGUUUCCAUUUUUACAACGAUAUGAACAGGAAGUAAUCUCAGUUGAUGUGUGCAGUUGGGUAAAACAGGUACUAAAUGACACUCCAAGGGUUGUAUAUGAAAGUCAUUUUUAGUUAUUUGGAAAAUUUAUAGCUGUAGGACAAAUUAACGACAAAAAUUUAAUUCUAUUUAUAAACUUUAUAAUUACUUGCGAAUAUUUGCAAGAACUUAGUGUGUAUGUAAUUAAUGGGCUGUGUAUAUAUGUUAUUUAAACUGUAAUGUAUUGUAAAAAUAUUCAAACAUUCGAAAAAUAUACCCAAAUACCAAUUUUUUGAUAAAA